AUGGACGCUCUCACAGCGCCCCUCAUCGACCCAGUCGCAGCCGACAAGGCAAACAACAUCUUUCAGAACGUAGCUCCCUCGUGGGGAAACUACCUCUACCAGAACGUCCUGCCCAACCUCGGCACAGACUGGCUCCUCAACGCCAACCUCGGCAACGGCGGUAACAACAACAACAACGCCGCCGCUGCCGCCUCGCCGACCACCGAUCUCUUCAGCGCCGCGGCCGCUGCCAACGCCGCCGCGUGGGGUGCCCCCAGUGCCCAGCAGCAGCAACAGCAGCAGCAGCCCAUGCUCGGCCAGCCUGGUCCCAGCAACUACUACAUGAACUACUAUGGCGGCUCCAUUGCCCCCUCGCUGCUUGCCCCCAGCACUACGGGCUCGGGAACGCCGUCGGGCACCUCGGGCAUUUCACCGUCGUCGCUCGACAUGGUCGACAAGAUUGUUGCCAGCCCGUCGCCCAUGGCGUCUGCCGGCGGCGCGUCCCCAACGAGCAUGCACCACCACCCCCACCCCCACCCGCGCGGCAUGUUUGGGCGCACGCACUCUGUCGACUCGGACGCCGACGGCGAGGUCGACCCGGAAGCCGAGACGCGGAGCGAGCACAGCCAGCACUCGGACCUGCACGACCACGACGAAGGCGUCGAGCGCGACGGCAUGAUCUGGGGCAUGAAGGUGGACGAGUACCGCGCGCUGUCUGCCCGCGAGCGCAAGCGUGUGCGCAACCGCAUCUCGGCACGCACCUUCCGCGCCAAGCGCAAGGAGCACCUCAGCUCGCUCGAGUCCACCCUCGGCGCCAAGGACCUCGAGAUCAGGCUCGCCCACGAGGAGAACACCCGUCUCCGUCGCGAGCUUGCCGAGAUGAAGCGCCGUCUGCAAAAGUACGAGAAGAAGCCCUACUGA